AUAAAAGGUAGCUAUACCUGCGUCUGAGAAGUCAGAUUGAUCACAUCUCACUCGAAGUCAAGAACAAAGCCAUCAUGUUUUGGACAAGAUAUGCUGGAGCAAGUAUUUUAUUGUUUUUAAUGCUUAUUCAUCUUGGACAAGUAUAUCCAAGAAAUGAUAUGACUAACUUUGGAUGUGAGGAGUGCAAACUCAAGGAGAACAACAUUUUCUCAAAACCCGGCGCUCCCGUCUAUCAGUGUAUGGGAUGCUGCUUUUCCAGGGCUUACCCCACACCCCUGAGGUCCAAGAAAACCAUGCUUGUUCCCAAAAAUAUCACAUCAGAAGCUACAUGCUGUGUAGCCAAAGAAGUUAAACGGGUACUUGUCAACGAUGUCAAACUAGUGAACCACACAGACUGCCACUGUAGCACCUGUUACUAUCACAAAUCUUAAAAACACUAUAUGACAUUUCCUAAUUUACUUGUGUUUGCUUAGUUAUAUUCCUGUACCUGUCAUUUUUUCUGCAGUGCUUAUUUCUGUUCUUGAAUCACAAUGACGACUUACAUAUUUAAAGUGAAAACAUACCGUUAGAAGUUUGCUAUAUACCCGUACUGUGCAAAUUGUCUUCAUACUGUAGAUUGUUUCCAACUAUUCUUUUUUAAAAGGAGGUCAUAUUGUUGUAAUUUGUGCCCUACUUCCAUACAUAGUUUAAGAGCAUAAAAUUGUAUCAUUUAUAAAAUGCAAGAUAACUUCAUUACUAUACUCUGCUUGGUAUUAAUUUAAGCCCUCUUUUGUUGGUAAUUGCUGACUUGUUUUGUGGUCGCUGCUAUAAGAUUGUUCAAAUACAUUAAUUAAAAACAAGAUUGCUUAUGACA